AUGACUACUACCCCUGACAAACAGAAACAACAACAGCAAGAUCAACCACAGGACAAAUCGUUCGACUAUGCUCACAUGUGUAAAUGCAUCGCAAUGUUCUUUGUGGUUACAGGCGUGGUGUUGAUGUUUUUCGAGACCGGGUUGGAUCCACUACAGAAACUGCAAAUCAAGCAAAUUCACCAGUCGGAUGCUAUUCCUCGCGCCUGA